CAUUGCCUAUCCAAUACCAAAUUCAUUUCCCAAGUAUUUUAAUAACAAUUGACGGAUUUAUUGACUCUACAAAAAAUCCAAAUUUAAUUGUAAAUCAAAAAUCUUCCACUACAAAUGAGAAUAAACCAACUGUUAAAGAGAUUCCAAUGUUAACUCACUUUACAAUUUCUAACAAACCAAAGUUAUUUCUUGAUCAAUAUAAAGAGUUUUUAAAUAAACUUGAUUUUAAAAAUUUAAAAGAAUAUCAAGAAGGUGAUAAAGGAAUUGAUUUUGAUGAAUUUUUGGAGAUAAAAGAAUCAUUGUGUAGUCUGUCUGAAAUAUAUGAUCAAGAGUAA